GUAUCGAAUAAAAAUCAGAUUGGAGAUUUUGGUUUCAAUAAAUUUAAUGUCUAUUCAAAAAAUAUUUCAAUUUCUAAAGCUAUGCUCCUCGAUCCUAGAAAGAAAGAUAUUUGAAACCAGUGGUGCAGAACGAGCAAGACAGUGUUAAAAAUAUCGGUUACCGAGGCAACCGGUAAACAUAACAUGCCCCAGGACACGAAAGAAGUGCGUUUCAAAUUUUUCACCUUGUUUGCCCUGCUCGGUGGUGCGGAACAGUACCUAUCUUCUCGUGAUAGUACUGUAGUUCUGAUAAUUGCAUAUCACUAACAAAUGAAAUAAAAUUAGUGAAUUUAGUGAAAUAAAAUGUUUCGUAGUGCGAUUUUGAGAACGAUAAUUAUCGUUUAUUGUGAGAUGUGAAGUGUUCGUUUAUGCAAGUUGGAUACCACUUAUGCCAGCAUAACUAUGUCGUUCUCCGUGGGUUGGCCUCAAUUUGAAUGGGCAUAAUUGACCCCUGAGUUGCGAAUUGAACCGUCGAAUGAGAAACGCAGUUAAUGAACGCCGUGGAGAAUCGAUGGACUGUGUUGAAAAUGUGAUCGAAACCGGCGACUUCUAACCACCAGGAGACGAGAAACAGGCGAUGAAUAUUAAUGAGCCUCACAACAGUUGGGGCCUCAGUGAUAUUGAACCUAUGGUAGAACUGGAGAAGACUACGACACCGAAUAAAGUUACUGUCAGGGCGCGGUAAAAUAUUAUUAUCCUUACACAUGGAAACAAACCGUAGCCGGGGGUUACGAUCCGUGGCACAGGUGAACUCUAGGGUGAAGUGUUGAAUUUAUGCCUAAUGUGAUGCAAAACGGUGAAGGGGAAAAACUAGCAAGUUUGUGACAUGGGACAAGGAAAUGUGUUUGUUUGUUUAGUGCCCUAUUGCGGCACGGGGAAUGCAGUGCUCGAAGAAAGUCCUUAGCCAGUGAAUUUAAGGAGACACGCCAGCUGCAGCGAAACCGCAACCACAACCAUGAAUCGAUACCUGACGUUGAGCCAACUGGGGGACGGUACAUACGGUACCGUCGUCCUUGGUCAACGCAAAGACACCGGCGAGAAGGUCGCCAUCAAGCGCAUGAAACGGAAGUACUACUCCUGGGAGGAAGCCAUGAAUCUUCGGGAGGUUAAGUCGCUGAAGAAACUUUCCCAUGCCAACGUGGUCAAGCUGAAGGAGGUCAUCCGCGAGAACGAUGUGCUCUACUUUGUGUUCGAGUACAUGCAGGAGAACCUCUACCAGCUAAUCAAAGAUCGCGAAACUCACUUCCCCGAGGCAACGAUAAGACUGAUCCUGCAGCAAAUCCUCACCGGGCUGGCGUUCAUGCAUCGGCACGGCUUUUUCCACCGGGAUCUCAAGCCGGAGAAUGUGCUCUGCUGUGGGCCGGAGCUGGUAAAAAUAGCCGACUUUGGUUUGGCGCGGGAAAUCAGAUCGCGUCCGCCGUACACCGAUUAUGUUUCGACGCGAUGGUAUCGUGCUCCAGAAGUUUUACUGCACUCAACACGCUAUGGCAGCGCGAUUGAUCUGUGGGCGGUGGGGUGUAUUAUGGCGGAGCUGUACACAUUCCGGCCGUUGUUUCCUGGUUCGAGUGAGGUGGAUCAGCUGUUCAAAAUAUGUUCGGUUUUGGGAACUCCGGAUAAGAAUGACUGGCCUGAUGGACACAAGCUGGCCACCACAAUCCAGUUCCGCUUUCCUGAGUGUCCAAAAAUACCACUGGAAUCCCUGGUGACACGAGCCAGCUCAUCGGGGAUUCAGUUGCUAGAAGACUUCCUCCAAUGGGAACCGGAGAAGCGCCCGACUGCCCAGCAAUCUCUCAAAUAUCCAUACUAUGCCGCAGUAAAGCAGAGAACUUCUGCGACCAUUGUGAACAAUGGCAACAUACAGCUGCCGCAGAUACAACAAAAUGGAAACAGCAUCCCCAGCGCAAGGAUAUCAAUCGUAGAUGCAACGCAACUGGAUAAUGGUGGUAUUACGAGCCGGUUCAGUGUGAAUCCUAAUAAUGCUUCUAUCACUAACGGAAACAUCAAUGGAAGUAUCUACAAAUCAAUCAGUAACAGUGAUCUUAAUGAUAUCAACUCUUUGCUGAGUCUCUCAAGAAUAUCCAAGAAUCCGGCGGUGUUGGAAAAACGUCCAUCGCUAGAUAAUGGGAAACUCAACGACAGCGCUAAAAGUAAUAGCAAGUUCAAAAGUGGAAUAAAUUAUAGUGUGCUCAACGAAAUGCUAAACAACUACAAUUUGGGGAUGAAUGGUACUCACAACCAUGAUAACCCCCACCAAGGUCGGCUUAAUCGGAACAAUAGCAUUACGAAAUCGAUUACCGAUCGAAGCGAUAGUGGAGUGAACGAUAAUAGUAGCUCGGUAACGAGUUAUUCAAUCAUUAAGCCAGCCGUAGUGAAAAUCGAUGAAAAGCCUACGGAAGUUUACGUGGGGGGUCGCAUAGGCGGCGAAAAAGUGAACGAUAUUUACGUGACGAGAAACUCGGGGCAAGGAGGGAAAAUUGUGGCAAACAGGGCGGCGGAUAGUGAUGAUUCAAGUUACUUCAAUAAUGGAUUCUACCUACACAAACGAAAUAGCAAUUCAAAAAAUGACUUAUUCAACGAAAGUUUUCUCAGCGAUGCGAAGGUGUACAACGCAUUUUCCAAGCAGCCUGUUCUACUGACAAGAAAAACUGACGAAGAGAUAAAAGUGAAAAAUACAAAGAAUCCACCCCUGAAUCGAGGGAUUCAGAGCCAUUUUAGUAGAAGUUGGGAGCCCGUGAAGAGCAGUAGUUUUGAUGAUGAUUUGGAAGAAAUUCUAGGAAGUCGGAUAAAGUCAACAAAGAAAUCCGGCACCGAAUUCAAGUUGGAAGAUCUGUUCGGUACGGUUUCGUUCGGAAAAGAUGCCAAGAACUCCAAAUACCCGAACACGGUACCCUUUGCCAAAGGUACGAUGAAGAAUGGAGAUGCGUUGACGGACAUUUUUGACAAUUCGAGCUCGAAACCGUCGCACUCUAGCGCGAAUAUAGUUCCUCGGCGAAAAAAUCAACAGGUGUUCGUUUCAAACGGAAGCUUCCCCGCCGGCAAGGAUUUCAAUGGCGGUAAUGCUUCAUUCAAGCUAUUCCCCUGGGAAGAUACUCCUCGCAAUGCACCGGAACUAAAGCAGCAGUGGGUCCCCGACAGUGGGGUGCUAACCUACGUCGGUCCCAGUGGAGAUGGGAAAGGACGACCCGAUUGGGCAGCCAAAUAUCUUAGCAAAUAGAAGUACAUUUUAUAAAAAAAAACAGAGUAAUAUGGCAUUGUUGUUUUGGUUGCCGUUUAGAUUCGCAAUAUGUUCACCAGAGAUGUUAACUGUAAUGUUAAACUAGAGAGAGAGAAAAUCAAAACUACAAAUCUGUGAUAGAUCAGUGCAUCGCUUAGAUUGGUUAUAUUUUAGCAUGUAUGGUUUAACGCCCUGAAAAAUUAAAGAUAGUUGAGCGAGGUGAAUAGUUCUAGUGUACAGUUAAUCGAUGUAGUUGAAAAUAAACUAAUAUGAUGCGAAAGCAAUGU